AUUGCGAACUUUAGUGGAGAGAGAGCGGAACAGAAGAGCAGGGGAGAGAGGAAAGAGAGAGAGAGAGAGAUGUGUAGAAAAACUCCUGCGGUCGGAGAAGAAAAACAGGAAACAAGAACUACUACUCGGCACCAGAAGACAUCGCCGGACAAUCCGAAGAAGAAGAAGCAGAAGAAACCCAGUGAAUCCACGCACAGCAAGACUCCAUCGAAUCUCGGACCGUCCCGUAAGAUCAGGACCAGGACGAGAAAGCCCAAAUAUCUGAGUCUCAGACUCGAACUUACCACUUCUCACCAUGAAAGCAGAGCAGAAAACGAUCCCAGCAGCAAGAAGACCACCAAGAAGAAGAAAUCCAGGAAGCAGAACAAGUCGGCAAGCACCGACAUGACGACGGAGAUGGGUAAGAAGGAGCAGCUCGACUUGUUUCCUCUUCAUCCGGAGGCUCCCAGCGACAAAGAAAGUUACGGUGAUUAUCAAUACGACGCCGUUACGGCCUACCUCUUCAACUCCGCCACCGACAGUACCAUCUCUUCAAUCCACGACCUCCUCGACUCCUCCGCCGGAGACGCCGGCGUCCCUGCCACCGGGAUUCUCUCUCCGUUCGAUCACCGGGAUCCCGGGUCUUCGUCGUUGUCGCUUGUACGGACGGCGAUGAGGCGGGGAGCGAGCCAGGAGGCUGAGAAGGCGGCGGAGGAGCGGUGGGUGAGUUAUUCCGAGGUGGUGGAGGAAGUCAUGAGCCGAAGCGGAACCCCCCGGUGGUGCGGCGGCGGAUACGACGGAGAGGAGGAAUCCGGCGGUGGAGGAAGGCCGUCGUUGGCUCUGAAGCUAGAUUACGAGCAGAUCAAGGAGGCUUGGUCCGACAAAGGAUCGCUCUACGUCGACGGAGAGCCGCCGCAGACGGUGCCGGACCUGCAUGCCCAAGAGGGGGCAGGGAUGAGUGUGUGGGCGGUGCCCGAGAUGGAAGAGACGGAGAGGGCGAGGAGAGGACGGAGGGAGGCCAGCUUGCUGCGCUACAAGGAGAAGCGCCAAAGCCGCCUUUUCGCCAAGCGGAUUCGCUAUGAAGUUCGCAAACUCAACGCAGAGAAGCGUCCCCGUCUCAAAGGCCGGUUUGUAAAGAGAGCCGAAACAGAGGCCCAGGGACCUAUUCUAUUACGUGAGAAUUAGAGGGUUGGUGCACAUACUUAGUUGAAUGGGUGGUCGUGGGGAAAUAACCGGUUAUUUGGAAAGGUAUUGUUUUUUUUUUUUUUUUUUGUAGAAUGAAAAUGUUGCAACUUCUUUGGGGGAAGCAGUGAGCUGCUAAACCGGUUAUCCUGAACUAGAAUAUACCGAGUUUUUGAGGAUAGCCUUCAAAUGGGUUAUCUGCAUAGGGCCUCGGUUUUGUGAAAGUUUUGGGUUUGUGCCUCUGCUGCUGUACCUGUAGCCCUUUGAGCCCGAGGAGGCUCGUAAUCAAAAGUCCAAGUACCCAAUAA